UGUGUGACAGAAACUUAAAAGAAAAAAUAUAAGUGAAGUCUCUUUCAGAAGUAGUAAAAAAAGAUGUCUACUUUUGGCUUGAGUUUUCUAGUAUUUUGUAUUCUAGGAAUAUGUUUAGAUGCUAGCCAUGCACAAUUACAACUCAAUUUCUAUGCCAAGAGCUGUCCAAAAGCAGAGAAAAUUAUUCAGGACUAUGUCUAUAAGCACAUCCCAAAGGCUCCAUCUCUUGCAGCUGCCUUAUUGAGACUUCAUUUCCAUGAUUGCUUUGUCAGGGGUUGUGAUGGUUCUGUACUUCUGAAUUUCACUUCGAGCACGAAAAAUCAAACAGAGAAAGUGGCUAUCCCUAAUCAAACAUUGAGAGGUUUCUCAUUCAUUGAUGGUGUGAAGAAAAUAGUUGAAGCUGAAUGCCCUGGAGUUGUCUCUUGUGCUGACAUUGUUACCUUGGUUGCUAGAGACUCUGUUGUGGUCACUGGAGGACCUUACUGGAAUGUACCAACAGGUAGAAGAGAUGGAAAAAUAUCUAAUGCUUCUGAAGCCUUGGCAAAUAUUCCACCUCCAACUAGUAACUUGUCUAGUCUCCAGACUUCUUUUGCCAACAAGGGUCUUGAUCUGAAAGACUUGGUCCUCUUAUCAGGCGCUCACACUAUUGGAAUCUCUCAUUGUUCUUCAUUUUCAACACGUUUGUACAAUUUCACCGGUGUUUUGGGCACACAAGAUCCAUCUCUAGACAGUGAAUAUGCAUCCAAUCUUAAGGCCAAAAAAUGCAAAUCAAUCAACGACAAUACAACAAUAGUUGAGAUGGAUCCAGGUAGUUUCAGGACAUUCGAUCUUAGCUACUACAAGCUUCUUCUCAAAAGAAGAGGCCUAUUCCAAUCUGAUGCAGCCUUAACAACAAGUGCUACAACAAAAUCAUUCAUCAACCAGCUAGUUCAGGGUUCACUCAAAGAAUUCAACGUCGAAUUUGCUAAGGCCAUGGAGAAAAUGGGAAGGAUAGAAGUUAAGACUGGAUCUGCUGGUGAAAUUAGAAAACAAUGUGCAUUUGUGAACCAUUAGAGAAACUAUCUUUGCACUUGAAUUUCGAAUUUUUUUUGGUUCUAUGCUUGUGUUUUGUUACUCUACUUUGUUGGGAUUAUUGUGUAAUAAGUAUUACUGUUUUUUUUUUUUUUUUAAUAGUAUGCGUGUAAUUCUACUUUUGUACCUUGAUGUGGCUUUCCAAAUAAAAUUCCAA